AUGAGCACCGACCGUCCCGACCAGGGUGCCCGGCCGCCCCGGAGCCCCUUCCCGCAGCCCCUGUCUCGGAGCUCUUCCAGCCUGUUGGGUGAAGGCCAGGGCCAGAGACCGGAGCUCCGCAAGAGUGCCAGCAGCACCGUAUGGCAGGCCCAGCCGGGGGAGGCCGGCGCCGGUCCGCGGGUCCCGGAGGAAGAGGAGCAGCACACUGAGAGUCCGGAGCGGGCACAGGCCUCCAGCCCCCGGCCUCGGCCCCGUGCUGUGGGCCACUGGCGGAGCAGCACUGUGGGCAAUGUGUCCACCGUGGGCGGGGGUGACCUGGGUCGCCUGCGGGCCCCCGGUGCCGCUGCCAUGCAGAGGAGCCACUCAGACCUGGUCCGGAGCACCCAGACCCGGGGCCGCAGUGGCGCCCAUAAGGCCAGCCUUAGCUGCUCGGCCCUCGGCAGCUCACCUGUGCACGGGGCUCGGCUGCAGCCCUGUGGUACUUCUGGCCAGGGAGGCCGGGCCACCGCGGGCCUAGAAGGGGACCUGGCUCCAGAGGAAGGGACGUCAAACUCAGCCUGGACACUGGGAGAGCGUCAGGUGUGGGUGGCACCACUAGACCCGGGAGGGACAACCACCCACAGCAGCAGCCCCCAGGCUGGGCCCAAAGCUGCCGGGGAGCCAGCCACCACCCCUUGCCAUGCCCUGUCCCCAGCAACUCUGCACUGCGGUAUGAGGGAGGUGGGGACCAGUGGCUGCUGUCAUGCCCUGCCAGCCCCAGGGAUCCUGGCCUUUCCCAAGCUAGUGGCAUCGGUGAGUGAGUCUGGGCUACAGGCUCAGCAUGGGGUGAAGUUCCAGUGCAGGUUGCCUGGGGGGCUCCCUGGGCAUUCCCACUGCUGUGCCCACCCUUGGGGUCCCACCGGCUUAGCCACGGAGCCUGGCACCAGGACCAAGGAUGUAUGGACCAUGACCUCAGCCAGUGACUUGGCCCCCGUGCUGACAUCCUCUCUGUCUGCCCAGGAUGCUGGUGUGCAGGCAGCCCCCAUGGCGGUCUGCAAGGCUGUGGCCACCAGCCCGCCUCUGGAAGCCCCCAUGGCCCUGCACACAUUCCCAGAGGUAAUUCUGGGGUCCAGCCUGGAGGAGGCGCCAUCCCCUGUGCGAGAUGUGCGAUGGGAUGCUGAGGGCAUGACCUGGGAGGUGUAUGGAGCUGCAGUGGACCCUGAAGUGCUCGGCGUGGCCAUCCAGAAGCAUCUGGAGAUGCAGUUUGAGCAGCUGCAGCGGGCGCCCACCAGCGAGGACAGCCUGUCCGCGGAGGGCCGAAGGGGGCCACUGCGUGCUGUCAUACAGUCCCUGCGGCGCCCCAGCUGUUGCGGCUGCUCCAGUGCAGCUCCCGAGUGAGGAGCAGUGGCUCUCAGAGCUAUCCCAGGCCCGUGGACUCAGCCCCAGGCCGGGGACAGGAGGGGCCCUGUGCUCCUUGGACCUGCUGGCAGCCGGGGACAUGUCUCUGCCAUUGGCUGACCGCCGAGCAUGGGACUGCAGCCCGGGGGCUUCCUGCCCCUUGCAGCUGGGCUGGUUUUUAAGGGCUUGAUUCCCAAGAGCCACGUCUCUGCACACCCAGGCUCUGAACUUUGGGACAGACUUUAAGCACUGUGCGUAAGGGAGAUCCUGAUUUUUCUGUAAAAAUACUCAGCGUUCUGUUUAGUGUAUCCUCAGAACUCUGCCAUGAUUUCCCCUAG